CACGAAAUCUCUUUACCAUCCGAUUACAGAUCGACGGCUGGAUGCGCCUCCCUGAUCCCCUAACCGUCACGAUAAUACCCCGCGUGACCGCGCGUCGUCCCCCUCGUUUUCUUCGCGUGCCCGCCGCUGCUGCCGCUCGCGCUCCCCCGGCUGCUCCUCCGCGUGAGGUGCUCGCUACUUGUUGCCCGCCGCUGCUGCUGCCGCCAUUGGGGAAUGCGGAGCAAUGCGGCGGCGCGGGCGCACUGACGACCUCGCCGGCAACCGCAGCCUCCGCGGCGGCCGCAACUGCCACCGCAAGCACGUCGAGGACGGGUAGUAGAGCAGAUCGAGGGCGGCAAGGCAGGCAAUGGAGGGGAAGGGGGUGCUGGAGGGGAGGUACGAGAUGGGGCGGGUGCUGGGCCACGGCAACUUCGGUCGUGUGCACGCGGCGCGGGACGUGCGCACGGGGCGCGCCGUGGCGAUGAAGGUGGUGUCCAAGGACAAGGUGGAGCGCGCCGGGAUGGCGGAGCAGAUCAAGCGGGAGAUCGCCGUGAUGAAGAUGGUGUCCCACCCGAGCGUCGUGGAGCUCCACGAGGUGAUGGCCACGCGCACCAAGGUGUACCUGGCGCUCGAGCUCGUCCGGGGCGGCGAGCUGUUCGACCGGAUCGCCCGCCACGGCCGCGUCGGGGAGGGCGUCGCGCGGAGGUACUUCCGCCAGCUCGUCUCCGCCGUCGACUUCUGCCACGGCCGCGGGGUGUACCACCGCGACCUGAAGCCCGAGAACCUGCUGCUCGACGAGGCCGGGAACCUCAAGGUCGCCGACUUCGGGCUCAGCGCGCUCGCCUGCCACGCGCGCCCCGACGGCCUCCUCCACACCGCCUGCGGCACGCCGGCGUACGUCGCCCCCGAGGUGCUCGCCGGCAACGGCUACGACGGCGCCAAGGCCGACCUCUGGUCCUGCGGCGUCAUCCUCUACGUGCUGCUCGCCGGCGCGCUGCCGUUCCAGGACGACAACCUCGUGUGCAUGUACCGCAAGAUGCGGCGGGGUGACUUCUGCUGCCCGCCGUGGGUGACGACGGACGCCCGGAAGCUCAUCAAGUCGCUGCUCGACCCCAACCCGGGCACCCGCAUCACCGUCGCCGGCCUCCUCGAGACGCCGUGGUUCCGGAAGACGGCGCCCGUCCCGCGCCCCAUCAUCGCCGACCCCGCGGCGGCGCCGGUGGACACGCGUGGCAAUGCCGGCGACGACAAGGACGAGCCGCCCGAGGUGCUGAACGCCUUCCACCUGAUCUCCCUGUCCGAGGGCUUCGACCUGUCGCCGCUGUUCGAGCACGACCCCGCCGCGUCGCCGGGGCGGGCCACGGCGCGCGCGGGCGGCACGCGGUUCGCGACGCGGGAGGCGGCGAGCGGCGUGGUCGCGCGGCUGGAGGCGCUCGCGAUGGGCGGCGCACGCGUGGCGCCGUCGUUGCUCAUGGUGGACGUCAAGAAGGAUGGCGGCGACGCCAUGGAGUACCGGCCGUUCUUCAGCGAGGAGCUCCGGCCGGCGCUCAAGGACAUCGUCUGGUCGCCGGCGGCGACCUGACGACACGGCGGGACGUCGCUGCCGCCAUUAUUGCGCGUCGUCGAAUCGUAUCCGUUGCUAAUCCAUUGGGGUGCAUUAUUGUUUGGUGCCGAGGUGAUGUCUGGCUCGCUCGUUUGUCCGUAGCAACUCGAAGUCGAUGGCUGCUGCUGCCUGCCACUGCUGCUGCUAGUGUUGCUGGCUAGCUUGCUGCCUUUGGUGUAGUAGUAGCCUAGUAGGUCGGUAUCUGCGCGCGGGAAAGGCAGAGGAAUUUUGGCGCGAUUCUGCGUCGCGUUCUGCCCAUGCCGAUGUGACGGUUUAUGAAUCAGUGUGCAUAUUUUUCUUCGUUUUUGUUUUUUACCCAUGUUUUCGUUUUACAAAUGCUGAGUCUUUUUACCUUAUGCAA